GAGGGCGGGGGGAAUGGGAGAGGGAAUGGGUAGGAGAGGAAGACUGAGAGAGGGGUGGGGAACAUGCGCUAGAGAGAAACUGAGACAGAGGAGAAGAGAGAGAGAGAGAGAGAGAGAGAGAGAGAGAGAGAGAGAGAGACGUUAGAGAGAAACGCUAGAGAGAAACAGACAGAGGAGAAGUGAAUGGUGUGGAGAGGCGGCGCGGCACAGUCGGAUUAAGAGCGGAAAAACAAACCAGGCCCACGAGAGGUGGAGGAGACGAGAAAAAAAGCAAAGAAACUUGGAACCGAGAAGUGGCAACUGAUGGAUGGAUAGAUAUUUAGAUGGUUAGAUAGAGGAGUAAGACAAGAAAGACAGAGAGAGAGGGGGGGGAGUCUGUGCUUGAUACUGUGAGGUUGGUAAGAGGAGGACAGACGGCUUGAGAAGUGAAUAGAUGAUAGAUGGAUAGAUACUGGUAGUAGAUACAUUUUUGAUCGAGAGAGAGAGAUAGUGUUGAACAUAGUGUGGUUGGGAGGAGAGGAGAGAGAGGAGACUGUGAUUCAGGAGGAGAAGAAUAAGAAGACAAGAAUAAAUAAAUAUAUAGAUAAAGAGGAUAAAAGAAGACAUCUGCAGCCAUGGAUGCUUUGGCGUUUGAGGCCACGAUGCCUAGAAAAUCCCAAAAUGGGAACCUGGCCGUGGGACCCCCCACCCCAAUGCCCGCCAAGCGCAAGCCGGCCAAGAAAACCAAGAAGGCGGUUGUCUUUUUCGAGGUGGAGAUUCUGGAUGCGAAGACCAAGGACAAGCUCUGCUUCUUGGAUAAGGUGGAGCCCAAUGCGACCAUAGGGGAGAUCAAGUCUAUGUUCCACAAGAGCCAUCCACAGUUCUAUCCAGCCAGACAGUCCAUUCGUCUUGACGCAAAGGGGAAGUCUCUGAAGGAUGAGGACGUGCUGCAGCAUCUGCCAGUGGGUACCACGGCAACCUUCUACUUCAGGGACCUGGGGGCGCAGAUCAGCUGGGUCACCGUCUUCCUGACUGAGUAUGCGGGUCCUCUCCUCAUCUACCUGAUGUUCUAUUUCCGUGUCCCGUUCAUAUACCCAUCACGAUACGACUUCAGCACCAGCAAGCACUGGGUAGUACAUUUGGCGUGCAUGUGUCACUCGUUCCACUACGUUAAGAGACUACUGGAGACCCUGUUUGUUCAUCGCUUCUCACACGGCACCAUGCCGCUACGCAACAUAUUCAAGAACUGUACGUACUACUGGGGUUUUGCUGCCUGGAUGGCCUACUACAUCAACCAUCCGCUCUACACACCACCGAUAUACGGAGAGCAGCAAGUCAAAAUCGCGCUCAUCAUGUUCCUGUUCUGUCAGAUCGGUAACUUCUCCAUCCACAUUGCACUGCGGAACCUCCGACCACCAGGUUCCAAGACUAGGAAGAUUCCGUACCCCACCAAGAACCCCUUCACUUGGAUCUUCGUACUGGUCUCCUGCCCCAACUACACCUAUGAGUUGGGUUCGUGGCUGGGCUUCACGGUGAUGACCCAGUGUCUGCCGGUGGCCUUCUUCACGGCGGUGGGCUUCAUCCAGAUGACGGUCUGGGCCAAGGGGAAGCACCGCAGCUACCUCAAGGAGUUCAGAGACUACCCCACCCUGCGCUCACCUAUACUACCCUUCGUACUGUAGAUGGACACACACGUACACGCACACGCACACGCACACACACACACACACAACCACCCCUCCAUACUGCCCUUGGUACUCAAGACAUACACACACACUCGCACACCAUACUGUUCUUCAUCCUCUGACGUCAACUGCACUGAUACAGACAUGCAUACACAGACAAACUUCAGUGAUUUUCUUUUUUUACUAGUUGCCCAUCUAAACCCCAUCCCUUCCCUAUCCAAGCCCUAUCCCUACCCCCCUUCUCUUGGUACUGCACUGCACCAUUUUAAUACAGUAUAACAGAGUCCUUCAACUGGCCAUCUCUGUUGAAACAAGCCCCCAAAACUGAGGCAUCAAUCAAAAGCAUUGAGAGUGCUAUCAAUGGUUACUGAUUCAUCUUCAUGACUGCACUGAAUUCCAAUACAAUAUAACCUGUAGUAGUCGCAGAUGCUCCUUCUCUCCUGCCUUCAUUUGUAAUUUACAAUCCAGUGCCACAUAUUCGGAAUCACCUGGUUUUUACUUGCUUUGUUGAAUUGGACAGGUAAGAAGCGCUUUACACGUAUACGGAUAUUUUUGAAAACACAUUGGUUUUGACCUCUCGUUUACGUGUAAACAGAGUUUUAGAAUGCUCAUUUCAAAGCUUCAGGUUUGAGAAUAUGCCUUUUUUUGGGAUAUUUUUAGAUUCAGAUAUUUUUUGUGUCACCGUAGAGUUUUUAUCUUUAUCCACGUAGUGUUAAUACGUAAACAGUGAAAAAAAUAUUUGAAAAAUAUCAGCACAGCAUACCUGUAAGCAGCACCUAAACCAGCACCUAAAUUCUGGUCAUUUUUUGGAGCAUGUGGCAACUCGAUUGUAAAGUAAUAAUGGAUCCAAUUUGCCAAUCACUGCAUCUCUACUGAUUGACUGGAUUCUCCAUGUAUGGUAAUCAUUUCUUACCUGGGCUGUUCUGCAUCUGCUUUUCUUUUGCAUCGAAUCACCAUGUUUCUGUUUGUUUGCUUUUUUAAACUACAAUACUUAUGUCCGUCUGUCAGGAUGUUAAUGGAGUUUAUGGUCUAAUAAAUAACACGGUGAGCCAGAAGUUUUUAUUUUCCCGAUUGAAGCCAGCACAAUGUUUCCAGUGUUUUUUGCUGUGGGCUAAUGCAGUGGUUCUUAACUGGAAUAGUCUUGGGACCCACAAUUUUCCAAUAAAAGCAUCAAUUCAUACAUUUUUACACCACCCCUCCCCCCGCACCCCAAUUUUGGGUCCCGACCCCCCGGUUAAGAAACACUGGUCUAAUGUCUUGUUAGCUUUGUCAGGUGCUAAUGGUUACUCUACUCUACUCUAAAGCUAGGUCUGUUCUCUCUGUAUUUACUGUGCACCACUCGUGUCACCUCAUCUGUUGUUAAAGCAGGAAGUAGCCUUUGUAUAGGCGACAGAUGUAGAGGUAUUCUAACACAGUGAUUUGGCGACUAUAGGCUAAGCAGCAGGUUUAGUGACCCAGUUAAUUCCGAGUAAAUGGUAAUUGGGCUAAUAGAGGGGUUUAAGAGCUUACUCUUCUAUCAAAAGGUUAGCUGCAGCUCCUGUACUGAUUAUACGAGUGUGUUGACUGGGCCAGCUUAGUUAACUGACUAUGUGGCAACUCUUUACAGUUGUUGGGGCUUAAACGGUUCAUGCCUCUUGUCAAAGCCAGAGAAGCUUCUUCUAGAAGAUCUACUGGGAAUUAACAAAGCUUACUGACAAAACCAAACGGUAACACUUUACUUGACAGUGGCAUCAUGUAUAUUUAUGUUGUGACACAGGCCAUGGAUGUGUCAAACAUUAUGUAAAUUACAUUAAAAAUGUAUGACUGUCAUUAGGUGACAUUCGAUUAUGGUGAAGAAAGCCCAAACAAUGUCAACUUUUUCAUGGCCAUAUAACAUUCAUAUCAUUGACAUAUUUAUGACUUGUCUUUGAUUGACACUGUUUUGACAAUGUCCUAUCAUGCGCAUGACCCCGGUGUCAAGUAUAGUAUUACCAACCAAACGGCUUAUGGGACGUGGGAUAGUGAAUAAUAGAAUUUGUCCGGUAUGUUAAUCUCUGUUUUGGAAGACAUGUUUUUGUUUUUUGUUAGCAUCAGCUUGGUUGUAGGGUUAUGGCUUCCUAGCAUCAUGAGCUAUGCAGUUACCGUAGUUACGGCAUGUAGUAAUUUGCCUGAUUCUACUCAAAAAGCAUGUCAGUCUUUCCCUAGUUUCUUACUUUUUCUUCUUUUUUAAAUUAUUAAUCUUAACUGUUGAUGUGUGAGGGAAAACACCAUGGCACCUAGAGCGUAGUGUCAGCUCUCACAAAACAUUUUCAAUGUAACUUUUUCUUGAUUUGUGUAAAAAACAAAAAAAAGUAAUUUAUAAAAAAAAAAUGGGAAAUGUUUUUGUGUGGUUGUGAAAUUGUUUAAUUGUUUACAUUUUGCUGCUGAACAUUCUGAAUACACUGACUACUUGCUUUCAAA